AUGGGAUCCCAAGGCGGGUUCGGUCAAUCCAAGGAAUUUCUCGACCUGAUAAAAUCAAUCGGAGAAGCUCGAUCUAAAGCCGAAGAAGAUCGAAUCGUAAUCCGCGAAAUCGAAACCCUUAAACGACGAAUUUCCGAACCUGAUAUCCCAAAACGGAAGAUGAAAGAGUACAUUAUACGCCUUCUCUACGUCGAGAUGCUUGGCCACGAUGCUUCGUUCGGUUACAUUCACGCCGUUAAAAUGACUCACGAUGAUAACCUGCUCUCCAAACGCACCGGUUAUCUCGCUGUUACUCUUUUCCUGAACGACGAUCAUGAUCUUAUCAUUCUCAUUGUUAACACUAUCCAGAAGGAUCUUAAGUCUGAUAACUAUCUUGUCGUUUGUGCUGCACUUAAUGCCGUUUGUCGACUUAUCAACGACGAGACUAUCCCUGCCGUUUUGCCUCUCGUUGUUGAACUGCUUUCUCACUCUAAGGAAGCUGUUAGAAAGAAAGCAGUUAUGGCACUUCAUAGCUUCCACCGUAAAUCUCCUUCAUCCGUUUCACAUCUUGUAUCAAAUUUUCGGAAGAGAUUGUGUGAUAAUGAUCCUGGUGUAAUGGGUGCUACUCUUUGUCCUUUGUUUGAUCUCAUAAACGACGAUCCUACCCCGUUUAAGGAUCUUGUUGUUAGCUUUGUUAGUAUUCUCAAACAGGUAGCAGAACAUAGGUUGCCUAAGAGCUAUGAUUAUCACCAGAUGCCAGCUCCAUUCGUUCAGAUUAAAUUGCUGAAACUUCUUGCAUUGUUGGGGAGCGGUGACAAGCCUGCUAGCGAACACAUGUAUACUGUUAUAGGCGAUAUAAUUAGGAAGGGAGAUUCAUCAAGUAACAUAGGGAAUGCCAUUCUUUAUGAGUCCAUUCGCUGCGUCUCUUCCAUAUAUCCCAAUCCCAAGUUGUUAGAAGCUGCUGCGGAUGUGAUUGCCAAGUUUUUAAAGAGUGAUAGUCAUAAUCUCAAGUACAUGGGCAUUGAUGCUCUCGGUCGGCUGAUAAAGUUAAGUCCGCUUAUUGCAGAGCAACAUCAACUUGCUGUCAUUGACUGCUUAGAGGAUCCUGAUGAUACUUUGAAGCGAAAAACUUUUGAACUGCUAUACAAAAUGACCAAGUCUUCCAAUGUGGAAGUGAUUGUUGACCGUAUGAUUGAGUACAUGAUCAGCAUCAGUGACGAUCAUUACAAAACCUAUAUUGCUUCUCGAUGUGUAGAACUUGCUGAGCAAUUUGCACCAAGUAAUCAUUGGUUUAUACAGACAAUGAAUAAAGUUUUUGAGCAUGCUGGAGAUCUUGUGAACAUUAAAGUUGCACAUAAUUUAAUGCGGUUGAUUGCAGAAGGAUUUGGAGAGGACGAUGAUGCGGCAUACAGUCAGCUGAGGUCGUCGGCUGUUGAAUCAUACUUGCGCAUUAUUGGAGAGCCAAAGCUUCCAUCAGGGUUUCUUCAAGUUAUUUGCUGGGUUCUUGGGGAAUAUGGCACAGCUGAUGGAAAGCAUUCCGCGUCCUAUAUCACUGGAAAGUUAUGCGAUAUGGCAGAAGCAUAUUCUAAUGAUGAAAUUGUUAAGGCAUACGCGAUAACAGCAUUGACAAAAAUUUAUGCAUUUGAAAUAGCAGCUGGGAGGAAAGUGGAUAUGCUAUCUGAGUGUCAAUCUUUGGUUGAAGAAUUAUUAGCAUCCCACUCCACUGAUUUGCAGCAACGUGCUUAUGAGUUGCAAGCCGUUAUUGGUUUGGAUGCAAAAGCUGUUGAAGCAAUAUUGCCACAUGAUGCCAGUUGUGAAGAUAUUGAGGUGGAUAAUAAUCUUUCUUUCCUCAAUAGUUACAUCCAGCAGUCUAUAGAAAGUGGGGCUAUGCCCUACAUUUCAGAGCACGAGCGUUCUGGAAUGGGGAAUAUGGGCAACUUCAGAAGCCAAGAUCAGCAAGAAUCUGUACAGCAUGGUCUGAGAUUUGAGGCAUAUGAAAUUCCGAAGGCUCCCACUCCAGUUUCACUUUCAUCCGUAACUGACCUAGUUCCAGUACCUGACUCGUUGUAUGCUAGGGAGACUCACCAGAUCACGUCAGUUGGAUUAGCAUCAGAUACAGGAUCAUCAGAGCUUAAACUAAGGCUUGACGGUGUUCAGAAAAAGUGGGGCAAGCCAACUUAUUCAUCCCCAGCAUCAUCCUCAAAUUCUACUUUCCAAAACCCAGUGAAUGGGGUGACAAAGGUGGAUGUUGCAACUACUGUUAAUUCAAAAGCACGUGAUAGCUACGAUUCAAGAAAGCAACAGAAUGAAAUUGAUCCAGAAAAGCAGAAGCUUGCCGCCUCAUUGUUCGGUGGUUCUGCUAAACCUGAGAGGAAAACAUCAACCAGCAGCAAGGCUCCAAAAGCUAGUGCUGCAAGUGUACCCAAUAAAGAAUCUGGGGAGAAAACUAAUCAACCUCCUCCUCAAGAUUUGCUUGACUUGGGUGAACCAACUGUCACUGUUGCACCUCCCACCGUGGACCCAUUCAUGCAACUGGAAGGACUUCUUGACCCAAGCAUUAGUUCUCCAGUAAGUCAUAGUGAUGGUGCUGUUACAAAUGCACCUGAUAUUAUGGGACUCUAUAGCGGGACUACUUCUAGUGAACAGAGCGGUGGUGGCGGCUAUAUCCCUGCGAGUGGGGAUAAUUUAAAUCUUUUAUCCGAGUUGUCAAAUGCAGCAGCUGUCAGAGGCACUACGGGAGAAGCAAUAGUGUCCCCCUUAUCACAAUCUGUAAAGGGUGCAAAUGCUAAAGAUUCUUUGGAGAAGGAUGCAAAAGUCAGGCAGAUGGGUGUCACUCCCACGGGCCAGAAUCCCAAUUUGUUCAGGGACUUGCUUGGCUAA